AUGACUCGUCAGGCUCUAACAUUCGAUCUGCCUUCUCUCCGAGGAUGCGCACCUCCAUGUCUCGCGAUUCGGGAGCGGUCUCCCACCCGAUCCCCCCGCCGCAGCAUCUUAGGAAGCUUCUUCCAAAAAGACUACCCCUCUUCCUCCGAGGAUAUCUCGGACGAUUCCUCCAGUGGUGCCCUGAGCAAGAACCAACAAAAGCGACUGGCCCGUCAGCAGCGCCGCAGUGAGCGCAGCCGUCUGAGUGAGGAGCAAUUUUCGGAGCCAGAUCAUCGUCGCAAGUCGGAAGAGAUUGCCAAGGCAGUGUCUGAAGAGACUGCCGACAUGAAGGCCCGCUAUGGCGAGUUGCCUUUGAUGCAAUCGCAAGAUCGACCUCGAGAGGAGCGAACGAAACUUGAGGAUAUCACCGCCGACAUGGUGGGAAAGCAAAUUUACUUCACUGCCCGUUUGCACGUGGUGCGCCGGAUGAGUGCUAAGCUCGUCUUCCUCGUGUUCCGCCAGCAGCUCUCUACCUUCCAGGGUGUGCUACAUGAGCGCCAUGGAGUGUCAUCCAUUGCCAUGGUUCAAUGGGCAGAGCAUCUGCGUGUCGGGUCUUUCCUUCGGAUCCGCGGCACUAUCCAGAAGCCCGAGGUUCCUGUCCUUGGCUGUAGCAUUCACGAUGUCGAGCUGGCUAUCGACGCCGUGCACCUGCUUGUCCGCCGUGAGGAGCCCGUGCCUUUCAGCGUCUACGAGGCUGAGAUCCGCACCAACGAGGAGGACAAGAUUGAGGGACGCCGCAGUCAUAUCCCAGAUCGCACGCGCCUAUCCAACCGUCUGCUUGAUUUGCGCACGGCAACGUCACAGUCCAUCUUCCGUCUUCAAUCUGCGGCGUGUAACCUCUUCCGUAGCGCUCUCGACGAGCGUGAGUUCAUCGAAAUUCACACCCCCAAGCUCCAAGGUGCUGCCACCGAGUCUGGUGCCAGCGUCUUCAAGGUCGAUUACUUUGGUCGGCCCGCGUUCCUUGCACAAUCGCCUCAGCUGGCUAAGCAAAUGGCCAUCGCCGCCGACUUUAAUCGCGUGUAUGAGAUUGGAGCCGUCUUCCGUGCCGAGAACUCCAACACCCAUCGCCACUUGACUGAGUACACCGGUCUCGAUCUCGAAAUGGCUAUUGAAGAGCACUACCACGAGAUGCUCGAAACUCUUGAUGCAGUGAUCAAGAACAUUUUGAACGGCAUUUACACCAAAUAUCGCAGGGAGAUUGAGAUGGUGAAGCACCAGUUCCCCUCUGAGGAUGUUGUCUGGUUGGAGAAGACCCCAAUCAUUCGCUUUACCGAUGGUAUCAAAAUGCUCAACGAGUCGGGCUGGAGAAGCGAGGAUGGUGAGCUUCUGCCUUUAGAUGAGGACCUUUCCACUCGCGAUGAGAUCCGCCUCGGCCAGCUGGUUAAGGAGAAGUAUGGUGCCGAUUACUACGUAUUGGACAAGUUCCCCCGUGGUGCCCGUCCUUUCUAUACCAUGCCUGAUCCAGAAGACGACAACUACACUAAUUCCUUUGACAUGUUUAUUCGUGGCCAGGAGAUCGUGUCCGGUGGUCAGCGUAUCCACGAUCCUCACAUGCUCGAAGAGAACAUGCGCAAUACCUCGAAGGGUUCCGCUGGGGGUGCUCCGCCUCACGCCGGUGCAGGUGUUGGUCUGGAGCGCCUACUGAUGUUGCUCCUUCAGGUGGGCAACAUUCGCCUCACCUCUCUCUUCUAUCGUGACCCGAAGAGUCUGCCGGCCAAGCCGCCCGUGCAGCAGCUCCGUCACCCAGAAGCAUCGACCCUGGAUCCAGUCUGGCUGCGUGAGCAUCACAGGCGCGUAGCGGAGGAUACCAGCGAGCUCCAAGAGCUGGAAAAGUUGAUUGCUAAUUACGGUGAUGCUACAUCUACAUCCUGGUUCGACGACCGAUACAAGAUUUGGCGUGAUAUGACCACUGGCGCUGCGGUUGCCUACGUGCCCAGUUCUCACAACUACGCUAUUAUUCCAGGUAACCCCGUCUGCGAUCCGUCGCAGUACUCGCGCACCAUCAACCAAUUCUUGCAAUGGCUGCGCCGCGAGACUAAGUAUAAGCCCGUCUGGAUUCUCUGCUCUCCCGAGGUCGAGACAAUUCUUGGAGAACGCCUGGGAUGGCGCAGCUUGUCUUGUAUCGCCGAAGAGCGCGUCGAUCCGGCGCGCAACGCGGCUGCAUCGGACGGAGAGAUUGCCCGUAAGCUGCGCAAGGCUGAGUCGGAGGGUAUCAAGAUUCAUUCAUUCUCCAUGGGCGAGCUGCCGCCGGAAGAGAUUCGCAAUAAAAUUGAUGAGCGUGUCGCCGAAUGGUUGGCCAACCGCAAGGGUACGCAAGUGCACCUGUCUGAGAUCCGCCCCUGGGUUGACCACGAGCACCGCUGGUACUUCUACGCCCGAGACAAGGAAGGCGUCAUCUGCGCCUUCGUUGCCCUUGCCAUGCUUUCACCCGCCUACGGCAUGCAGGUCAAGUACAGCUUGGAUUUCCCUGGCUCCCCCAAUGGUGUUAUUGAGUACAUCGUCACCCAGGCCAUCCAGACCGCCGCCCAGGGUGGCGUUACCGGUCUCACAUUUGGUGCCGGUGCCACUAGCCAGAUGAUCCCCGGUCAUAACUUGCACGGCACCAAGAUCAAGAUGCUAGAGCACACCUAUGAGGCCCUGGCCAAGCAGUUCCACCUGGUACGGAAGAGUGAGUUCCGUGCCAAGCUUGGUGCCACCGAGGAGCCCCUGUACAUCGCCUAUCCAACCCACGGCCUGGGCUCCAAGGGCAUCCGCGCCGUACUGAACUUCUUCGAAGAUUAA